UUUCAGUUAACAAGCUCUCAUACGAGUCCAUAGGAGUCUUGGUCAGGAGUCAAACAUCGGCUGAGCGAAGCAAAGAAAACCUCGAUUCAUGGCGCGUCCAUGACGAGACAUUUCACGAAAUCAUUGGUACGAGCCCAUCGCUGGAUCUAAUACUGCAAAUCGACUCGUACCCCUUCGCUCACGAAGCCGGCGUAUUCAUUCCAUCAACCGGUGAACUAUUCGUCACCAGCAAUCAGUUCGCGGACAAAGAUGGCUCUAAGAAGGUCCAGAUUUCCAAAAUAACAUUACCCGUCUGUGGAAAGACUAUCAAGCUUGAAGAGAUCUCAUGUGCAGAAAUUGAGAUGGGCAACGGCGGCGUCAACUACGGCGAUGACAUUCUCUUCUGUGCUCAAGGCUCAGUGACACAGCCUAGCGGUCUGUUUAAGAUGUCAAGAUCGCCACCGUAUACGACUGAACCGGUCAUCACUACCUUCCAUUCUCGGCUCUUCAACUCCGUCAACGAUGUUGUGAUCAGCAAAGAUGGAAGCAUAUGGUUCACUGAUCCGCCUUACGGUCAUGCGCAGGGUUACCGCCCUCCCGCGACCCUACCUAGCCAGGUCUAUCGCUUUGAUCCGGCGAGAUCCUCGAUCCGGGCCAUGGCGGACGGGUUUGGCAGACCAAACGGGAUUUGCUUCUCGCCUGACGAAACUACUGUCUAUGUAACAGACACCGAUCUUGUCCACGGCGAUGGUUCAAUAGACGGCAAUCGCGCUUCCACCAUAUAUGCCUUUGACGUUGAACAACGCCACGGACAGCCCUUGUUGCUGAAUCGAAGAUUAUUUGCAUUCGCCGAUGUCGGUAUACCAGACGGCAUCAAGUGCGAUAUGGAUGGCAACGUCUACAGCGGAUGCGGGGAUGGCAUUAACGUCUGGUCUGCAGGCGGUGUUCUACUUGGUCGUAUCCUCGUCGACGGCGGUGCCGCCAACUUUUGCUUUGGGCGCGGGGGCGAGCUUUUCAUACUCAACGAGCAUCGUCUUUGGAGAGCACAGUUGAGCAAGUCGGUCAAGGGUGCGCUUCUGGGAAUCUAGGAUUUUUGAUGGGUUGAUGCUCUGGUGUAAGCUGCCAUGGCUGCAUCGCGGUCAGUCACCUGAAAAUGGGAGCCGGAUCGGGAACAACGUCUUGUGGCGUGCAUCGUCGGAAGUCCGCCAGAUGAGGAUGGGUUGCAUAUAAGAACAUCAACCUUGGACAAAGGCACCAAUCAAAUUCUACGAAGCAACAAUAAUUUUACCAUUUGAUGGCGGAUUUGGAAC